AAAACCUUUCCCCUACCUCGCGAAGCACAGCCGUUUGACAUUCUCCGUUCCCAUAUUUCUCGCUUCUUCUAGUCCCGAGCUGGCGGAGGAGAAGGGGGAGAAAAAGUUCUCUCAAACAUCAUUUCUUCUUCCCGAGCCAGCAAGCCCUUGCUCAUAAUGGCGGAGAAGUUCGAGGAGGGAGACUCAUGGCUGCCCGCGGAGUUUCUCGGUGAGGGUUUCUUUCUAGAGGAGAGGCGCGCAGCUGCUUUAAUGCCGGGGAGUGAGAAGAGAAACGGUCUGGUGCGAGAGAACGCAAGCCUUUCUUACCCCAAUAUGGUGAUGGAGACGGAGAGUGAUGAGGAGGAUUACGUGGCCGGACUCACGCGGAAGAUGGCUCGCUCCUUUCUUGUUGAAGAUAGCACGUCUUCGUUUUGGGAUACUAGGGUUUUGGCCACCUCGCCGCAGUCGACGCUGUGCGAUGCCGGAAUCUGGUCGGCGUCGUCCACUGGAAGCCAAAAGGUUUGUUCGAAGGCUUCUCCACCGCUUUCUGCUUUUCUGGAGCAAAGGAAGGAAGAUGCGAUGGAUCUUUUCUAUGCGGCAGCAGGGGAGGUUUUGAGGAAUAAGCAGAACCAACGGAGGGCUUCUGAACGAUACCAGCGCAAGAACUUGUUGGUUGAUAUAAAUCCUUCAGCAAUCGCUGGAUCUCACAGCAACCAAGUCGAACGCCAGCGGAUCCAAGCGGCGCAAUUCUACAGACUGAAGCAGCAGCAGCUAGUCAAGCAACAACUUUCUUCUACUUGGACAAGGCAGAACAGGGCAGCAGCGGCGACGACGACGAGUGUCCGGUCUCAUGGCUUGGCUUCUUCUCCAUGGUCACCUCUACCGCAACAGCAACAGCAACCCAGCUCUGGGAUGAGAGCCUUGUUCCUCAACAGCACAGGAGCCCGGCGUGAGUCCGCGGGCACCGGAGUCUUUCUUCCUCGCAGGGCAGGCAGUCCCACGGCGAAAAAGCCCGCUUGUUCUACUGUUCUCCUUCCUGCAAGAGUGGUACAAGCGCUAAACCUAACCCUAGACGACGCCGGUAUACAACCUCGUUUCCCUGCACACAUAUCUCGCGACCAUGAAACGGCGACCGUUCGCAUCAAUCCCGGCAAUACUGAACAGAAACGGAACAUCUACCAGCUUCCGCAGACCUCCAUUUCCCGCCAUGACAUACAACUCCCAAAAGAGUGGACCUACUAACUCCCCCCAACACCAUCGUUUGACAGCUUCAAAAUUAGGGUUUAGAAAAUUAAACUAUAUGAUUUUAAUCAGGAUUAGUUACAGUUUAGUAGCAGUUUCCGCCAUGGAUUUUUUUGGAUUGGUUUUGUGCAAAAGCUAAUGCUCGAGGAAAAGUGGAACAACGCUGCAAAUUAGAACUAAUAGAAUAAAGGGCGGAGCUUUUCCUGGUCUGAGAUGAAGUGUCGAGAGAGGGUAUUUCUGUAAUAAUGUAUUUUGCACUCAUUGCAGCACCUGUUUACUUUUUCACUUUUUGCAGGCUUUUACCAGAGAGGGGCAGCUCUCAAAAGAAAAAGAUCGCCAUCAAACCCACCUUAAUUAGCUUGUAAGUAAUAAAAAAUAAAAGGAAUAUAUUUCAUUUUAUUGCUUGCGUUGUUAUAGUAAUGAAUGAAUUUCUUUUGAACAAUAAUAUCCAGCAAAGUAUGACUUUAUUUGAACGUCUUCUGUUUGGGAUUUUUGGUGUACGAGCUGUCGCAUUUUAAUUU